UGUGUGGGCGUGUGUAUCUUCGAGCGCAGCGGCAUGGAGCAGGUGUGGCAGGCGGAGUUCCAGAAGCUGUUCUCCCAGUACGUGCCCCAGUCCUGGUACCUGCUGCCCGUCGUCCAGAGGCCCAUCGGCGUCAACUGGCAGACCUUCGUCGACUCGGCCAAAGUUCGCUUUUGCUGCGAGGAGUGCGGCCACGGCUGGACGUCCAUGAAGGGCCGCAUCUCAUUCUGGUUCCUGCUGACGGGCCACGGUGAGGGACUGGUCACCUUCAAGCUGUACGGGCAGCAGUGCGACAAGUGCAAGGUGGGCAGGUACGAGCCCGCCAUGUGGUACCCGGAGGAAGUCGUCAAGGUGCUCGUCAACAUCUACAACCGCGUGGGCCAGGUGUACUACGGCUUCCAGCAGCCGCCCAUUCACAAAAACCGGCGACCCGGAAAGCCCCGCAACCCGCACAACGCUGACCUCUGCCAGGCCUGCAGGGACGGGGUCUGCUCAGAGCGCAGGUGACCGUCCCAGCCCGCAGCACCGACACGGCCUCAGAGGCUCGAUUCUCUGCCCUUCGGUCGGGCAGGCGCUACCUGAAGACCGCAGUGAGGACAGUCCUGUGCACCUGAAGCUUACUGCGCAGGACCCUGCAUGGCUCCCCGCCUCUUUCGGGAGGGUUUUCGUGGACCAUUCCUGAAUUGUUCCCAAUCCCCUUUGGGUCUGUUCCAUUCCAGCAUGUGUUCCCGAUGGGAACUGUGUGCAUGACUGAUGCCCACUGUCAGUCUUUGAAGGUUCCGAAGCUUUAACUGCUCUUCCACUGGCGUUGUGGUGAAUGCGCACAAGCGCUGCUCAAAACGUGUCACCACUGUAAAAGAUGUGCUGUUUACCACAUCUUGUUGCUAAACUCUCCUCCGGCCAAAAUGUCUACAUUCACAGAAACCACGCGUCGUUUCUUGUUGCUGUUCAGGACGCACAAGUCAUACUUACACGAAGCAAAACUGCCUACUUUUAUUGAUUCCUGCACCUACUGUAGACAUACUUUUCUGGCCAGUUAUCUUUUUUGUGUUUCUUCGCACAACCCGGGCUGUAAUUUGGUCAAGAUUUCUAUUUUUUCAUAAAAAUAUGGGGUAAAAAACCUGCAUUGUGCCUUAAGGUUGUAUUUUCGUGGUGUUGUUGCUUUGGCUUUACAUUGUUUCUUUUGUGCAAUAAACUUGGCGUUUGUAUAGUCUAAACUUAA